GUUAUGUACGACUAAAAUGGAACGCUCGUAUGCACGGCGGUUUCUAAUCAGGUCCCCUGGCUCUGAGACCUCGCAACAUAACUGGUCACACAAACGUUCCUCUCAGGAUUGUGUUUGGUUCGUGGCAAUCCGCCCGCAAUACCUUUCCAGCCACAUUAUAGGGCCCCCGUACGGAUACCAGGUGGCAUAUAUCCUCUGACCUCUGUCGAGUGUAACUGCUGAGCCACCAGGACAUGCUUGAAUGCCACAGUUAACACCAGUCUUCUUCCUUCUAACUCAGCGCUGCGUACUAAGGUACCUGCUCACGGUACAGUUGAUGAUUAUUCUAGACUUCUUCCCCUUACGUUACCCAGCGUCGACCCCCCCAAUAAAAAACAGCUUAUACCCAACGCUUGCAGAUCGAGUUGCCUUGGCCCAACUACUCGAACCGACUCGCAGUAAAGGACGAUGCCACCACUCUCUAGCACCGGGUCCACCAGAUCACCUUUCUGGUUCUAUGAGGGCGAUGGCGAUUUUGGGGGCUCAGAAUUCCAAUGCCGAGUGUUGCAAUCAGAUGGCAAAGAGGUCAAGGAGAUCAUGCUUGACAACCCCGAGAAGUGGGAGCAAUGGUUCAAGAACUCUGAAGAAAGACUUGAGCGCUUGCCGAAUCCGGACAACGGCAUUGCGCCGGGAUAUGAGAUCUUGCUAUCCGCCCGUGUUACACCAAUAACUCACGGCAUCGAGGCGAGCCUAACCGAUCUGCCCGUUUCCUCGGCGUACUGGAAGCGCAUUGUUAAAUGCCUCUUCGUUGACAAGUCACUUCUCACUGUCAUGGAUGACGACCAAUCUCGCACAUGUUCGUAUUAUUUCCCGACCGAGAUAAACCAGGCCAAGACCGAAGUUUAUAACGCCAGCGUGUCGGCACCUUUCCCCGGGAGGUUCGCCGUUUCUUCUACGCAUUUUGUUGACUCCCGCUUCACCACUGCCGUGUUUUUCGGCUGCGACAGCCGUCAGAUGGACAGGAUUUCCUAUAAUCUCAAACAGUCUCCUCACAUCAAAUCGCAUCGGCUCCUCCCUGCUUGGCUGUUUAUAGAGCUCCAGAAAUACCGAAUGGAAAGGCAGGUUACUGAGGUCAUGAUGGGUGCGAGCGACGUAUUUACCAGAUUUUUUCUCUACGAUCCGGAAAAAAGGGCGUCCAGUCUAAAGGCCUUGCUUAGAGGACAGAGUUCUAAACAGUCUUGGAUAGACCACAGCAAGGUGCGGAAGUGUCGUUUGGACGCCCGUCUUGUGAUUGACGAGAUCAGAAGCACGCAGGCCCAACUCUGGGCGCUUUUGCAUGGAAUGGAUGAUAUGGACAAGUCGCGUUCGUCGCAAAACCAUUCGAGGCCCGACCUGAGUUCUAGGCCGACAUGGAGUGAGUCGUCGGCGGUGUCACCACUGGACCAGCAGAGCGAGACCAAGGCUGGCGCUGAGCAGCCCAAGUUAGUACCAGACCAUUUUACUGAGUCCCCCUCGAGCGGGGAAACGUUGCUACACAAGUUGAGGGAAAUCUCCUUUGACUUCGACGCCAUGAUAUCGAAGUGCCAGAGAGGGUCAGACGACAUGGCCUAUACAAUCGAUUCUUACAUGGCAGAGAUCAACACCGAAUUGGCCGCUGCCGCGGCAAGAGACGCCAGAGCAAGCAAGGCACUCGGAUUCGCGGCUAUGGUGUACCUUCCAAUCACUUCGUUGGCAACUAUUUUCGCCAUGCCAAUCUUUGACUGGAAAGCGCGCUGGCUAGACCACAACGGCCACUACGUCCCCGCUCAACCUUCUCCAACCCGCUCGUCUGGUGUGAGUGGUUCCACAUCACCGGACAGAAGUGCCAACAGUGAAGAAGACCCGGGAGCGCUCGCAGUCGUCAGCGGCUACUUCUGGAUAUAUCUCGGUGUGGCUCUCUUGGCGACCUUUUUCACCGUCGGAGCGUACAUCAAACACACGAGACGCUGGCAGCAUAUUCGCCGUUAUAUGUGGUGUUCUGUGAGAUUCUGUUACAGCGUGUUGUUGGAUUUCUGCAGCAUUUAUAGGCGGUUUUGUCAAGUUUCAGGCGCAGAGACCAGACACGAAAACUGUCACAAGGACGACGAGGUGUAAUACCUCUAGGACCAAGGAUCUAUUCAGUAUAGUAACUUAUCUAGUACUUCAAGUUCUCUCCCAUACGCUCAAGUUACCCCAGCUACUCAAGGCUGAAUACACUCA